AUGCGCUUCAGCUUCGCCCUCCCCAUCGCCCUAUUGGGUCUUACUGCCACAGUCGCCGCGGCGCCCUCACAACAAUCACCCAACGCAGCAUCACCGCCAGUCGUCGCUAAGCGCGCAGACACCAAGUACUUCCACGAACCCUGCUGCGGCGAGGAGCUGGGCCACUACGACAUCCGCUACUUCACCGAGGCUGUCCCCUACGACGAGCACCGCGUCGUCCUGCGCAACCUCAUCCGCUCUUACCUCACCAUCACCAAGAAGCUCAACAUCGAGACAUGGCUCGCCCACGGCACCCUGCUCGGCUGGUGGUGGAAUGGUAAGAUCAUGCCCUGGGACUACGAUCUCGAUGUUCAGGUCUCUACUGCAACUCUCUACUGGCUUGGCCAGAACAUGAACCGUACCGAGCACGAGUACGAGUGGACCGACGCCGAGGGCAACCCCCAGAAGGACCGCUACCUGCUUGACGUCAACCCCCACGGCACCGACAAGGACCGUGGCGACGGCCAGAACAUCAUCGACGCCCGCUGGAUCAACAUGGCCAACGGUGCUUUUGUCGACAUCACCGGUUUGGCUGAGCGCGAUCCCUCUGGCAUGCCCGGCGUCUGGAGCUGCAAGAACUACCACCGCUACCGCACCACCGAUCUCUUCCCCAUGCGCGAGACUGAAUUCGAGGGUGUUCCCGCCAUCAUUCCCUACAGCUUCGAGCGCAUCCUCUCCGAGGAGUACGGUACCAAGAGUCUGGUCACUACUGAAUGGCAAGGACACAGGUGGGAACCUGAACAGAAGGAGUGGCUCAAGGUGCAGCAGUCCUCCUAG